CUGCCGCUUUGUCUUAUCGUAUUAUUCGUGUGUCGUUACAGUAUAAAAUUAUUCUGUCAUAUCUUACAACCCAUUACUAUGCAUCUCUUUGUGUCAACUUGGGGACAAUAUGGAAAUUAACCCUUUGUCCAUACGACUGUCGUAGAUUGAUUUCUCGCUUAUUGUCUGUCGAGAUGUAGACCUUUACAUUACUCUAUUGUACCGAUAUUUCUACUAAAUCGAUAUCCGUGAAACAACUUCUUUUAAUUUAACCAAUAUCUUCUAUAACUCUUUUGCACGAUUUUAUUCUACCUAACGCAGGGUUAUGAAUUGAUAAUCAUGUUUCAUCCUCUACGUAUAUUAUAAUCUCGGACGAGUAAUGAUACACAUGUGUCGUCUGAAGAUGUACAAAUUAUGAUACACGUGCCAUCGGAAAUCGCGCACAAGUAUGAUCGGGUGAAACGCAAGGGGGUGACUUUCCUAACGAAUCUGUUUAAAUCGAGAAAACUGGCGGUAGGAAUGAAGAUUAACGAAGACGAAGAGAUGGAACGUGCGCCUAGGGUGGAAACUCCUGCAAUUAUUACCAAUGCUUAUCGCCGAAGCGGCUCGGAGAGUGACAGCACGAUGUCACGAAUUCCAUCGACCUUGAGUGUGACAGCGGUGGAUGUCGUUGUCUCCUGUCAGCCGUCACCCUCGCAUUCGAUUCUGACCCUGACACCCGGUAGAACGCGUAACAUCGAUCAGGACAUGGAGGCACUCAGGCUGAGUCGUCAGGAUAAUCCUUUCCUACAGGUGUUAGCGAGUCGAGAGAGCCUCGUGGAAUCGAUCGAGGAGUCCGAGUCCGACGAUGCGAUUUUAAUGUCGCAGGAAUACGGUGAUGCGGAUCCGCUCACCCUCGCGCAGAUACACGAGCACCUGGUACGCAGUCCACCCCCGGCUUCGUGGCCCAAUUCCACGGCCUUCCAGUUUCCCAAUCAGGAUGAGAGUACCACCCCAGGCAAAAACGAUGCGGCACUUUUAGUCAAGAGCCCGUCAAAGACGCCCUCGCAUCGCGGUAACGAUCACGAGCUCUCCAGGAGCGAGACGACGACCGAUAUUAGAGAUCGGCAUUCUCAUCCCUUCUCGUUACUACAUCCGACGCCGAUUCGCUCCUUGUCGGAAGUUCGACGACUUCAUCGAUCAGCCGACGAUAGCGUGCAGCUCAUGUCGAACGAAUAAACUUCGCCAGGACGUGGAAUCCUGAUUGGAAUAAAUUUCUCGCAACUGAAGGAUGUCGGUUCAGUUCUACCGAAUGUCCCUCAAGAACAAUGAUUGCUGAUUGAGUCGAAGAAAAUUUCGUUCGUGUAAACGAAAUUUAUGAUCGAUUUCAAGCAAAGUUUGUCCCAAUUGAAAGAAUUGAAAGAAGAUUAAUAACGCAAGAUAUACGAAGGAUCAUUGAGAUUUUCACGUAUCUGAUAUUUGGUCAGAUUGAAGCUACAAUACGUUUGAGGUUUGAAAAAAAUCAGAGGGAAAUUACAGAGCGAUUAAUGAUAAUCAAUCACAUUAAUGAUGAUUAAUAGAGCGCAACAAGUAUGAUUUUUAAGUGCGAUUAACAUUCCUUUCACUAUAUAAGAAAGUAAAAGAAUGCGCAUGUUGAAAAAAAUAACGAUGUCAUCGUUUUGAAUUUCGACAGUUUAUCAAAUCACAUUUUUUUUGUUAACUAAAAAUCGUCUCUUAAAAUCAUUAUGAAAUACAACUUCGAUCUUUGUCAAUUGAUUUUAAUGAUUUUGAUUAUUAUGUUUGAUGUUAACAAUUUCUUCUCAAAAGUCACUUGUAAUUAUAAUCGCGUGCUUUUUCAAUAGGCCUAUUUUUUUACGAAGCCAUUCAAUAAACGAUCGAAGUACAACAUCGACGUUAUUUUACUUGUAUUUAAAUAUUAAAUAUUAAAUUAAUGUCGUGUUUUUUUUUUAAUUUUUAUUUGCGGACAGUGUAUUAAAUGACUUACAUUAAUUACUCGUAUGAACCAGAUAUUCUUCGGAAUAAGUAUUCACUUUUUAACUUAUUAAAAGAGUAUGCCAAGUUGAGUUUAAGAUGUCCAAAGAUGUUACGGAACAUCUUAUAUAUGUUAGUUUACAGGAGAUCUUAAGAAUUGGACUAUUGAACAAUUAUUGUCAGACUAACAAAGAAUAUUAUCUCUAUUAAAUCAUCAGCUGAGAGAUGAAUAUUUGACGUAUUAUGUUUCCAAGCUUUAAAUUUAUAUAAUUUGGAUACCUUUAAUCUUUGUCUUUCAAUGAGCAAUAUGAUCGUUAAUAAUCGUUAAAGUACAAUGCUUAAAGUAAUUAUUAAAUUAUUACUCAUUAUGAACGAUAUUGGAAUUUGUUGUUGAUACGAUAGUUAUUGUUGAGGCACACGUCUGUAAUUAUUCGUGCAAUUUAGAUGUCUAUUUUAUGUAGCUGUUUUAGAAACAUCACAUUUACUUGUAAUCUUUUCGACCACUUAAAAAUAUUAAUUAAUCGAUCUUGAUUAUUGUUAAGCUAACUAAAACAUUUUUGUCGACAAGUUAUAUAUCUAUACACUGUAUAGAAAAUUCGGUUUUAACUAAUUGUGAGGAAACUGUGAACAUAAAAUACAUCAAUUUUCCCAUUAAAACUCACUUUUAGAGACAAUUUCGAAAAGACAAUUUAACUUAAGGCACAUAAAAAUAAUAAAUCCAAAAAUAA